AUGCUAUGCGAUGUGGUUUUCAUCGUUAUCGCUGAUUGUUAUGGUUGUCGUGAUCGUCAUCGUAAUUGCCGUCGUCGUAGUGAACGAAAUAGUGGCAGUAUUAAUAAUAACAAUAAUGAGGGUCCAAUGGAAUGCGAUGACGCUGCUACCGAGAGUAGCGAACAAAUUGCUUCCAGUGGACAUGCGAAAAACUCGACGAUAUUGAACAAUCAUGCAGCGCAGCUAGUCAACCAGGUUAUAAGUCGGACACAGUGCACCGAAUGUGGAAAACAUUUUAGAAAAGGUUCAUCACUUCAAGUUCAUAUGACAUUAAACCAUGGGUUUCCGCCACCGGGUAGUUCAUUAUCAUCAGAUGACCAAGGAGAAAAAGGUUCGGAUUGUGGAGCUCCUAUGAUCGAUCAAACUAAUGGCAAUACCGAAUCAACUACGCCACCAAUUCACCAAGAAAUUCGAGAAAUAAAAAAUAAAAUUGAUGAAAUGCGAUCAGCUCAAAGUGCAACGCGAGUUGAACAGGUGUUGUCCGGCUUGGAUACGAGAGUUGGCAGACUCGAAAAACAACUGGAAAUGGCAUUAAAUAGCAUUUAUACUAUUGUUCAACUACAGACUGGUAUUAAUUCUUCGGUGACUCGAUUUAAGGAUGAAAUCUCCGAACAAUUGAAAGCUAUUCGCACUAUCCUUAACGAAUCAGCAACAUAA